AACCGUCUUUUUUUCUGGGGGGGAAGGGCUCCCAAGUCCCAACCGUCUCGAACGUUUGAUGCAGAACGCAAGCGGCCAAGCCCAGAUGCCCUCUUCUUUGUGCGACACGUAACAUAACGAAGUGAGGAGACAGAGGCCCACCUUGCAGUCUGACACUUCCCAUCUCCAACCGCCCAUGUCAUCGUCCCCGCGGCCGGCGACGCAGCGCCGGCGCGUCCAUUCCCCGCCCUCCGCGGUUGCCUACCUCUCCGCUGUGAUCACGCUCCUCGUCCUCAUCGCCGCGGCCUUCUCCCGCGUCUUCGCCCCACGCUUCCCGCAUCGGCCCGCCACCAGCGGCUGCCGCCCCGACGGCGAGGGCUCCUGGUCCAUCGGCGUCUACCUCGGCGACUCUCCCUUCAGUCUCAAGCCUAUUGAACACUGGGGGAUCUCGGACGACAGGGGCGCGGCGUGGCCAGUGGCGAACCCGGCGGUGACGUGCGCGGACGUCUCGGAGGCCGGGUUUCCUAGCAGCUUCGUCGCUAACCCCUUCCUCUUCCUCCAGUUGUGGCUUGGUCCUUGUCUUGAUGGAUGUGAAGCUAAAUUUCCUCAGGGUGAUGCUAUUUAUAUGUUCUUUGAGACGAAGAAUCCCAUUACAUCACAAGGCGACAUUGCUGCUGCUGUGAGCAAGGACGCCGGUGUAACAUGGCAACAGUUGGGUGUGGUGCUAGAUGAAGAGUGGCAUCUUUCGUACCCAUACGUGUUCAGAUACAAUAACAAGAUCUAUAUGAUGCCUGAAAGUAGUAAGAAAGGUGAUCUUCGGUUGUAUUGUGCAUUAGAUUUCCCCCUCAAGUGGAAAUUGGAAAAAGUCCUUAUGGAGAAGCCACUUGUAGAUUCAGUCAUCAUAAAUUUCCGGGGUUCCUAUUGGCUCCUUGGAUCAGAUAUAAGUUCCUAUGGUGCAAAGCAGAAUGGAGAGCUUAAUAUCUGGUAUAGCAACUCUCCUCUUGCUCCUUGGAAUCCACACAGGCAUAAUCCAAUUCGUAAUAUGGACAGCAGGUCGAGUUUUAGAAAUGGAGGCAGGCCAUUCAUUUAUGAUGGCAAUCUCUAUCGUGUAGGCAAACAGGGUAUAUCUGGCCAUAGUAUCAAAGUAUUCAAAGUUGAAAUCCUGACAGCAAAUGAAUACAGGGAAGUUGAGGUUCCAUUUGUCAUUGACAAGCCCCUCAAGGAGCAAAAUGCAUGGAAUGGUGCACGAUCCCAUCAUUUUGAUGUUCAACAGCUUCAAUCAGGUCAACUCUGGAUUGGGGUAAUGGAUGGGGACAGAGUUCCCUCAAGAGAUUCAGUUCACCGUCUGACGGUAGGGUACAUGUUUUAUGGAGUUACUCUUCUGCUAGUUCUUAUUCUUGGUGGGCUUACUGGUGCGGUUAAAUGCAUGCUACCUCUCAGGUGGUGUCUUCCACAGACUGAGAAACACGGUGACUUAUUCCAUGCAGAGCAGAAGUUCUUUCUACACUAUAAGCUAAGAUCGCUGGUCUCCAGUUUGAACAAGUUCGGUUUUCUUCUUGGUGGAAGAAUUAACUAUAGAACUUGGAAGGGCCAAGUUUAUAUAGCAGUAGUAAUACUAAUUUUAAUUUUUCUGACUUGUGUUGGAACUCACUACAUAUAUGGUGGCAAUGGUGCUGAAGAGCCAUAUCCAAUCAAGGGCAAGUACUCACAGUUCACGUUGUUGACUAUGACAUAUGAUGCGCGGCUUUGGAAUCUGAAGAUGUUUGUUGAUCAUUACUCCAAAUGUGCAUCAGUGAGGGAGAUUCUAGUUGUCUGGAAUAAAGGCCAGCCCCCAGUGCAAAAUGAAUUGAAGUCAUCAGUUCCUAUAAGGGUCAGAAUUGAAACUAAGAAUACUCUGAACAACAGAUUCAAAAUAGACGAAGAAAUUAAGACAAGAGCUGUUAUGGAGCUCGAUGAUGAUAUCAUGAUGGCAUGUGAUGACUUAGAGCGUGGCUUCAAGGUAUGGAGGGAGCACCCUGAUAGGAUUGUUGGCUACUACCCACGCCUUGCCGAUACUGCUCCAUUGAAAUACCGCAAUGAGAGGUAUGCUCGGCGACAAGGGGGUUAUAACAUGAUACUGACUGGAGCAGCAUUUAUGGAUCAUAACUUGGCCUUUAAGAGGUAUUGGAGCAACAAGGCUGAGGUAGGAAGGAAUAUUGUAGACAGUUUCUUCAAUUGUGAGGACAUACUUCUAAAUUUCUUGUUUAUGAAUGGAAGCUCAACAAGCACGGUGGAGUAUGUAAAGCCAGCUUGGGCGAUUGAUAUGUCUAAGUUCUCAGGAGUAGCCAUUAGUCGAAAUACACAAGCACAUUAUCAUGUUAGGAGCAAAUGCGUUGCUAAAUUUUCAGAGUUCUAUGGUAACUUAACUGCUAAGAGGUUCUUUAGCAGUCGAGGUGAUGACUGGGACGUAUAGUAAAACAGAUAACUGUUUUCUUUUCUCUUGAGACUUAAAUAGUCUUAUUAGCCAAGUUAUAAGUUGGUAAAGCAGGGGAGUAGUAGUUCAUAAUAUAUUAUCCCCUUUGUGUAAGCUUUCGGUAGAAUCUUUUUUUAUACUGUGUUUCAUCCUAUGGUCCCACCUAUGUUCCAUUACUCAAUCCAUUCUCAACAUUUUCAAUUA